UGAACGCACCACGUUUCGCUUUGUAGAAUGACGUGUCAAGAAAGUGCCGGAAGCUUUCAGUCUGUCCAAAAUGGCUUACCAGACGCUACAACAGGAGUACUUACAGAUUCCUGUUGUAACCAGGGCAUACACAACCGCCUGCGUCCUCACAACCGCUGCAGUGCAACUAGAGAUCAUCACACCAUUUCAGCUCUACUUUAAUCCGGAUUUGAUUCUAAGGAAUUACCAGGUAUGGCGACUUAUAACCAACUUCCUGUUUUUUGGUCCAGUUGGCUUCAAUUUCCUGUUCAAUAUGAUUUUUCUGUACAGAUACUGUCGUAUGCUAGAGGAAGGCUCUUUCAGGGGACGAACGGCUGACUUUGUCUUCAUGUUUCUCUUUGGUGGGCUUCUGAUGACUAUAUUUGGCACUUUUGUGAGUCUGGUGUUCCUGGGUCAGGCCUUCACCAUCAUGUUGGUGUAUGUGUGGAGUCGACGGAACCCAAAUGUUCGCAUGAAUUUCUUCGGCCUCCUCAAUUUCCAGGCACCCUUCCUGCCAUGGGUACUGAUGGGGUUUUCACUUCUGCUUGGCAACUCCAUCAUCGUGGACCUUUUAGGUAUUGCUGUUGGCCAUGUGUACUUCUUCCUGGAGGAUGUGUUCCCCAACCAGCCAGGUGGUGGAAGGUGGCUGAGGACUCCAUCUAUCAUAAAGAUGUUGUUUGACACUCCAGAAGAAGAUGCCAACUACAACCCCUUGCCUGAGGAGCGUCCAGGAGGGUUUGCUUGGGGAGAGGGACAGCGCCUUGGAGGAUAAAUAUGCCCUCUGUAGCAUCCCUGAUUGUCAGGUCACUUCCAAAGACCUUCCCUCAGAGAGAUGAAGAGGACAAACAUGGUCUUUGCUUUUGACACGUUUGUUUAGUUAUGGAUGAAGAAUGCCAAACAACCAAAACUGGUUUGGAGGAAACCAUCUGUUGUCUGUGUAUGUUGGCUUUAAUCAUCCUCAAAAACUCUUGUUGAUGCCAGAUUCUUGCUCUAAGACUAUUGGAGAGAACACAAGCUUCGGCUGGAACUUUGGACGGUGAAGCCUUUGAGUUUGGGUGACAGUGUCUUCGUCUCAGACAAAAGAAAUAUCGGCUUACACCUACGUAUAUAAAAAAAGAAAAAAAGGAAAAAUGGCGACAGUAAAAUAUAUUCAGAUGGCGAGUCCAUUUUUCGUUUCACUUUUUUAAAGAAUAAAUGUGUGUUGCAAAUGAG